AUGCCAACUCUCGAAACCUACCAAGACGUCUAUAUAUGGCACUAUGUACCGAGCCUACCCCUCGCUGCUACUUUUGCCUCUCUAUUUGGUCUUACAACUGCAGCCCAUGUCUGGAAAAUGAACAGAAAGAAGAUGUGGUUUUGUCUCCCUUUUGCUUUUGGCGGAAUCAGCGAAGCGAUCGGCUAUGCUAUGCGAGCAGCUUCGACAUACAACACGGGCAACUUGAUAUUAUACGUUCUGCAAAGCGUUUUUCUCGUCAUACCCCCAGUAUUCUUCGCGGCAACGCUGUAUAUGGUAUAUUCUCGCAUCAUCAGAGCAGUCCACGGAGAGCUAUUCUCCUUAAUCACCCUCCGCUGGGCCACAAAACUUUUCGUCACGGGCGACAUACUGUGUCUCUUAAUUCAGGGAAAUGCCUCUGGGCUGUUGGCCAACUCAGAAACCACCCUGACUGGCGAUUACAUUAUCAUAGCCGGACUGGUUUUGCAAAUCAUCAUUUUUGUCUGCUUUAUCGUUUGUUGUGUGAAAUUCAACAGGAGGUUUCGGGUACAUAUGGCUGAGACUGGGGAUCUGAACGAUAUACCUUGGCAAGCAUGUCUCAAUAUGCUAUACUUUACAUCGACGGCUAUCCUCGUGAGGAAUAUCUUUCGGGUUGUGGAGUUUUCUAUGCAAUCAGUGAACGGGACCGGCUAUCUUGUCACUACCGAAUGGCCGCUGUAUGUGUUUGAUGCUGCAUUGAUGCUUCUAGUAAUGAUUGGCUUCUUUGUACGGUAUCCGAGUCAACUGCAAAGUAGGCCAAGAGGCCUUGGGAUGGAUCAUGCGACAGGUGGUGCGCCUUCUGAGGAUAGGAACCAUGUGUCCAGUUCCGAUAGCUUUUGCGAAAUGCAGGUUCUCUUUGGGACGAGGUUGGAGCCGAAGGAGAGAGUGGGAUGA